UUUCAAACUUCAUUUAGUAACACAUUUCUCUCGAACUUCAGUCGAGUUGGUUUUCUUUAUUUGUAAUGAGAAAACGGCAUUAACUGCUAUUAUGAAGAUUCCAAUCGUUUUAUUCGUUUUGUUCUCGGCACUUUACAUAGAUUGUAAAGAAAAUCAAAAUGAUGUUCGAGUACUGGCAUUCGGCGAAACAAUUAAUAGAUUACCUCACGCUGUUUUUAAUGUAAGAAACAGAAAAGUGCGAGCAGUAGCAGAAAAAGAUCUAGUUUCUUCUUCAUCUGUUUCCGAUUUUACACCCAAUUUAAAGCACAAAAGAUGUUCACCAAGACUUGGUUUAUCCUUGUCGUCCAGGCUUGCAACAUCUAAAGAACUACCCGAAGAUAAAAAUAAAAAGAAUACCAUGCUAUACGAAGCAUUCUGCAAAACUUGCACCGGUAAAUAUAAAUGUACAUCUUUAUCUGAAUGUCCGACAUGCGAAAAAUGGUGUCUCAAUGGUCUCCCCGAUUGUGAUCCCAAAAAAGAAAUAGAUUCCAAACCAGAAAACCCAGAAAAAGAUAAAUCUAACAAAGAGGCUGCUGAAUCUGAUGGCCAAAUAGUGGGAGUAUCUAACAGAGGAAGUUUUGAUGAUAAGCAAGGUAUAAGUCACAAUGUUUACAGAUUUAACGUAGAAGAUGGGACGUUGAGGGACAAAAUUCUUAAUUUCCUCUCUAUUCCGAAUACAAAAUCUAUUGAUAGCGUAAUUGUCACAGUCAAAACUUUAUUGGAUCAGCCCUUAAAUUUAGAGAAGAUAGGUGCCAACGUUAAACACGAUAUAGAAACCACCGUUAGCGAGAAAAUUAUUCCGGCUCAAAAUACAGCUUUAGAUCAACAGGACCUGGAUGUCAGUAAAUCCAAAGGAACAGUUUUAGAACCACGUGAGCUGGACAGGAUUGUUUCCGAGAUAUUAGCUAAGCUUCGUGAACAAAAUGCUCGAGAAAAUGACGACUCUCCUGUUCUUGGUUCAACCAAUAAUCAAAAUUCCGAAUUAAGAGACUCUCAACCUGAUCACAUUCUUCAUCAAGGAGUUAUGAAUCCAGACAUAAUUGAAGGACCGCCUGAUGAGUCAAACAUAUUAGGAGAACAAGAGAAGAUGAGUGAAGAUAUGAUUGAACAACCAGAAAAUUUGCAGGUAUUAAAUCGCAACGCAGAGUUACAAGCAAAUGAAGAAUUUCCAAGUCAAUUAUCACCAAAUCCAGAAGAACCAACCAAUCAAGAUAACCUAGAUGAUGCCAUCUUUCCAGAAGCAGAUACUGAAAAUGCAGGAAGACCUGCUACUUUAAUGGCGAAAGGACCAAGUGAUACGUUUGAAAAAUUAAAAACAAAUAACUUAGAAGGUGCUAAUCCAUCGGCAUCCUAUCAUAAAAUUGAAAUUCCAGAUCAAAGAACAACAGGCCUCCUUCACCACCAUCACCAUCACCACCACCAUCAUCUUCAUAAAGUUCUUCCGAGAACCAAAAAUCCUGCGGUGGAAUUUGGACCACCUAGUAGGCAAGCACAAAUUCUAGGACAACCAAAAGAAUCCUCAUACAGAGAGGCUGCAUUUAGUAACUUCGAUGAUCCAAAUUUCCAUGAUCCUCACUUCCAUGAGUCGCAAUUUCAUGAUCCUCAUUUCCAUCAGCAUAGUUUUGACAGCCCUAAUUUUAUUGAUUCUGAUUUUAAUGAUCAACGCUUUCAUCAUCGUAUACCAAGUUCAAAUCGUCAGCAUUUUCGUUCAGAAUUUCCUGAAAUGCAAUUUAAUCAUCCAGAUAGAUUUCCACAGUCCCAUUCUACAUUUACAGAUGACCAUUUUAAUAAUCGCUUUUUCCCUCGUACUAGUAAAUCCGAAAGUCCAGUUAAAAAUGAGGCACAAGAUAAAUCAAUUUUAGGCGAAGAUAAGAAGUUAGGAGAUAAAUCUGCAGAUACCCCAGUUGGUGCUGUGCAUAUAACAGACGAAAAUAACUUACAGAGUAAUGUCCAACAUGACGAAAGUAAAAUGCCAAGUCUAAACAAUCCUGAAAAAGAGCAAAUUCAGUUUUCAUCACGUGGAAAUGAAUUCCAAGAUCCGGAAGUUGCUAUGCCCGCCCCAUCAUAUGGUUCCGACAAUUCAAAAUUAGAUCUUGAAAAUAAAGGAAACACUAAAGAUAAACAAAUAAAUUCAGCUGUUCCAAGAAUUCCCGAAGAUACCGAAGAUGGUAAUUCUCUCCCAAUAGAAGACGAUUUGGAACAUAGUGAUCGUGUAGGUGCUCCUAAUUCUCUCCCCGCACGAGACCAUUUGGAAGAAGAGGAGAAAAAUGAUUCUCCCAAAAUCAAACUUGGAGCAAGGACUAGCGAGCUGUUACGAAAAAUUAAAGAAAAACAAGACCAGACUUUGCAGAAGAUAGCCGCGCAAAGACAAAACUUUGAAAGAGCCAGAGAAGGACUGAAAUCUGAAAUUGAUAAAGAUACAUCAAAACAAGAUGACACCGCAUUGAAAGAUUUAGCUGAUCCACAAGGAAAGUCCAAUGCCGGUGGUGACCUUCAACAAGCCCCUAGAGAAGCUGCUGUCGAUAAUUUUGAUUCACCUCAAUCAAUUCUCCAGCAACUACAGCAAAUUGUUAAUGACGAUGAGAACAACAAAAGAGAAAACGAAGUACUAGGUAGUCAACCUUUGGAAAAUGGCUGGGAAAACUUACAACUUGGCUCAAAUGGACCAUGGAACGGACACGGGGUAGCAAGUAGACAUAAUGAAAUGAUGGACGAACCAAAUGGAAGCAAUCAAGUUGAUGAUGAAAGGGUGAGCGCUAGCUUGGAUAAAAAUAAUGUUGAUACUGGACCUAGGGAACAAGUCAACAAUAAUGAAAAUAACGCUUCUAAUUCUCUAGGUAGUUUAGUACCAGUUUCAGAUAACAUUGAAGUAUCAUUUAAAGAUCCUGAACAUCUUUAUUUUAUUGGAAACGGAAUCAAGCUGCCGUUGAAAAUGGUAAAAACUCCUAACGGAUCCAUUCAGGUUACAGUGGAUCUCGAUAAACUUUGUUCGUGUAAUAAUAUAACCUGCCCUAAAGACCCCAAGGAUCGUUCUGAAUUAGAACAAACUGUUGGAAAUAUUUUGGAGCAGGAAGUUGAACAGUUAGAUGAUUCAAAAGACAUAUCAGUUGGGAUGCCUAAACCAGAAAUUAUUGCAGAAGAUGAGAGCUUGAAUAGCAAUAGUUUACAAGACACUCAAAAUAAAAAACAAACACACUUUGAAGAUUCGCAACGAAAUAGAAGAUGGUUUAACAGACAUAAGCGAUCUAUAGAUACAUUGACACCUGUAGAAAUUAAACUUAAAACUAAAUCUCCAUUGCCAGGAGUUGUGGGUGAAUCGUUUAACAAUUUUGUAGAUAGUCAGGUAAAUAAUUUGGCUAAUCUGUUUACACCAAGUCAGCAGGAACUAAACGAGAAAAGUGGAAUUCACAGUUUUAUUAAAGAUAUUUUAAAGAAAGCUGUAAGUGAUGACCAAACUAAAUUAUCAGACAAGAAGAUUAAAGAUAAUCAUUAUAAAAAUGUUUUUGUUGUAAAUCCUUCUAGUCAAAAAGACUCAGGAAAAACUGUCAUACCUAUUGACAGAUUUUAUAAAUUCAAAGGCGUAGAAGAUGAAAUAGGUAGUAGUAUCGAAAAAAUUGAAAAAACAUUAAAUAAUUACGCACAAAUUGAUAACACUAUUUUGGAGAAUGAAUCAUCUAUAUUAAGGAGGAUGAACGAAGAUCCUAUUAUUCAAAAGGAAGUAGAUUUAGUAAAAAAUAUAUUGACCUUUUUAAAGAAUUUAACGGUGGAUAAUUAAUAUUAUUUAAGUUUUAUAUUUUUUAAAAUUGGUAUACUAAAGAGCAUUUUGAGAAUAAAUUCAUGAAAUGAU